UGAAACAAACAAGAAUUCUUGUUAGGUAUUUCGUUUUUAUCUUUGGUAUUUGUCUCCGACCUUGGACUCCAUAUAUUGAUCUGCCGGGGUAUGAUCUCCUCCUGUUCUCGCGAUUUCAAUCCUCAACUUGCAAUCUCCAUCUUCCUUGUCUACCAACUUCUUGGGUCAAUCUCCAUCAUCAGUUUGGUGGGUUCAAUUUAAUCUUUCAUCUGAUCAGUGUUUGAAGGUUCUUCCCUAAUUGACAAAACCAAUCAAAAACCCCAAUCUCUGUUGCUCAGCUGUUGUUGAUCUUGUUGUUCUGAUGAUGGGCUUUUAGUUUUGUAUGGAAGAAUUUCUGUAGUGGGAGUUUGGUUUUUGUGGGAAUUGUAGUGUUUAUUUUUGCAUAAUAUUGAACGAUGGCGAGCGCCAGCGAUGAAGAGAACGAUGCCGUCCUAAGCGAUGUUGAGGCCGAUGAGCCGGUUCCUGUUGAUAUUAUAAACCCGGAGAACAUAUCUGUGGAGAAAUUCAGGGAAAUUCUUGCGGAGCUCGAUCGUGAGAGAAUAGCUCGUGAGGCGGCGGAGAACGCUAAGAAUGAUCUCCAGGUUUCGUUUAACCGGCUUAAAGUGCUGUGCCAUGAAGCGAUCAAGAAACGGGAUGAGUGUUCGCGGCAGCGGGAUGAUGCUUUGCGUGAAAAGGAGGAAGCUUUGAAGAAAUUGGAGAGUGUUGGUGGGGAGUUGAGUGAAGGUAUUAAGUUGAAAGAAGAUUUGUUGAGGCAAAAAGAUGAGGUUUUUAAGCAACUGGAGGAGGUGAGAAAAGCCAGAGAGUCUAUGAGGGUGGAGAUGGAGACAGGGUCUUCGAUGCUAGUGAGUGGCAUGGAGAAGAUAUCCAGGAAAGUGAGUAGUUACAAGGAGUUUGGAGGUAAUGGGUUGCCAAAGUCGAAUAAGUACUCAGGGUUGCCUGCAGUAGCUUAUGGUGUGAUUAAGAGAACAAAUGAGAUCGUGGAAGAGCUUAUGAGACAGAUUGAAGUGAGUGUCAAGUCGAGAAAUGAGGCCCAGGAGUUGGUCGAACAGAGGAAUUAUGAGAUUGCCAUUGAGGUUUCACAACUUGAGGCUACUAUUAGUGGGUUGAGAGAGGAAGUAGCUAAGAAAAGUGAGGAAAUCGAGAGUUUGAAACGGACCAUAGAUGAGAAGGAUAGAAAGUUAGCUGAAUUUGAAAGAGAGUCUUCCGAGAAACAAGAAGGAAUGGAGAGAGAACUUUCAAGGUUGAGGCUAUUGGUGAGUGACUAUGAGUCAAAGACGGAGACACAAAAACCCUUGUUGAUUGAUCAACUGAAUUAUGUGUCCAGAGUGCACGGAGAGAUGUGUAAAGUUAUGAAGAUAGUUGAUGCUAAGAAGUCGUCAGAAUUAUCAGAAUCAUUGUUCCUUGCUCAAGAAACAAAUAUGGAGGAAAAUAUUAAGGCGG